UUUUUGACAAAAUGUAAACACAUUCGUUUGAUUUCACUCCAAUUUAGCUCGAGCAGAACUAAGAUUUCAAAAUUUGAACAGAUUAUUUUUUCAAAAUGUUCACAUUGUGGUCACUCAUCGAGGCUUCUUUGCUUUGCUUAAACGCGAUCUGCAUUUUACACGAAGAAAGAUUUCUAUCCAAAUUUGGAAUGGGAGCUUCCUCGGUUCAAGUUCACGGCUUCGGCGAAACCCCAACAACAAAGGCGCAAAUAUUAAAUUUGAUACGAGCAAUUCGGACUGUGGCCAAAAUUCCAUUGAUAUUUCUGAAUCUUAUAGCGAUAGUAUUCAAAUUGUUAUUAGGAUGAUAAACGGUGCUAACUUCUACAAUGGUUUGUGCUGUUAUGAAUGAUUCAUGUGUACUAUAUUAAAUGUAAUGCUUUAUAUUUAAUCACGAUGCAUUUUUAUUUUGAAAGCGUAAA